CGUCUCUUGUUUUUGGACGGAACUAUCCAGUCCAUGUCUUUGUCGGAAAACGUUUAUCACGAAGCCCUCGUUCACCCGGCCAUGUUUGCUCAUCCUGCUCCUAAACAAGUAGCCAUUUUGGGUGGUGGAGAAGGUGCUACGCUCCGCGAGGUUCUCAAGCACAAGACACUUGAAAGGGCCACCAUGAUUGAACUCGAUGCGGAACUAGUUCAGAUUUCCCGCAAGUUU